GAUGCUGUAUCUGAUUAGUGUGGGCAGUGCAACGUGUGAGAUGCUGUUUUCUUCUCUAGAGACCUGGAUGCUUUUUUGCCAUUCUGUUGGUAAAUGAUGAGACAGGCUACCAUGGAUUUCAGCGCCUCUUCAGUGUUUGAUCAGCAAAAAGGUGACUCAGCUGAAGAUGUUGACUUGACCAUGGUGUACCAGGCAGCGUCUAAUGGAGAUGUCAAUGCUCUGACUGCAGUGAUCAGGGAAGACCCUUCCAUCCUGGAAUGCUGUGACAGUGAAGGGUGCACACCCUUAAUGCAUGCGGUUUCUGGACGUCAAGUGGACACAGUGAAGCUGCUAUUGAAGAUGGGGGCCAAUAUCAACACACAGGAUGCGUAUGGUCGCACCAGCUUAUGCCUGGCAACCUACCUGGGUUGGCUUGAGGGCUGUGUGAGUCUGCUCAGAAAUGGUGCCAAGCACAACAUCCCAGACAAAAAUGGCCGUCUGCCACUACAUGCUGCUACUGCGGAGCCUGAUGUGAGGCUCCUCACCGUCCUCCUGCAGCAGUCAAACCUCAGUGAGAUCAAUCACCAGGACAGUGAGGGAAUGACACCACUCCACUGGGCAGCUUUCCACAACAGGCCUCAACACACCCAAAUGCUGUUGAAGAAGGGGGCAGACCCUACCCUUGUGGACAAGGACUUUAAAACAGCUCUCCACUGGGCAGUCCAGAGUGGAAAUCGAAUUCUAUGUUCCAUCAUUCUGAGCCAUCACCGGGGCCCAUCCAUAAUCAACUAUGACGAUGAGAGUGGGAAGACAUGUGUACACAUUGCAGCAGCUGCAGGUUUCGGUGACAUUAUUAAUGACCUGGCAAAAGUCCCCGAGUGUAACCUGCAGGCUCUAGAUGUGGAUGACAGGACCCCCCUGCACUGGGCCGCAGCAGCAGGGAAGGCAGAAUGUGUCCGGUCACUGCUAGAGCUGGGCAUGGAUAGCAACCUGCGGGACAUCAACGAGAGCACGCCUCUGGCCUAUGCCCUGUACUGUGGUCACACUGCAUGUGUCAAGCUCCUCUCCCAAGAGAGCAGAGCAGAGCCUGCUCGACCCCUUCCUUCCCAGAACAGUAGACCCCCAAAGAAGGAAGGACGCUUCAGCAUGCUCAACCAAAUCUUCUGCAAAAAUAAGAAAGAAGAGCAAAAGGCCUAUCAGAAGGAUCACAGCAGAAACCCACCCAGAGAGGAGGAUGCCUCAGAAGUCGAUGACAUCAUUACCACCUUUGACAGCAUCGUGGAUACCAACUGCCAAGACCAGCCUAGUGACCAGGUAGCUAUGGUUGAUUUUAAGAAGAGGACCUCAGAGAAUUCAAAGUACCACUUGUCAGAAAAGAAAUCAGUGGUCCGGAAGGGGCUUCCACCAAUCAGAGCACAGAGUCUCCCACCCAUCACCCUGGGCAAUAACUUCCUGACAGCCUCCCAGGGGGCCACUUCCCAGGCUGGGCUGAGCUCCGGUGCUCAGCAAACUACCCAGCGAUCUCAGAAAAGUCGAAGUGAGCAGGAUUUAUUAAAUAACAGAACUGGCUGCCAGAUCUUUGAUAACUCUUGGAAAAGUGAUUCUAAUCAGGUGUUCUCCUACAAAGCUUGGACUGUGUCUUCUUCUGAUAAGCUGUUAGACAGGCUGCUUGCUGCCCGGCCUGGUCACCAGGAGCUCCCUGGGCCACCACAUCUUCCUCAUCUUACCUCACCAGGACAAAAUUUUCAGCAUCUCUCCCCAAACAGACCCAAAAUCAGGGAUCUUCCUUUCAUUCGGAACAACCUGGCUCCCCUAACAGACCAAAAAUUUCUAUCUGGAGAACCUCUAAGAACAAACCGAGUGCUUCCUGCGAUUCCAAGUCAACGGGGACAAGGCCAAGCAGCUGCAGAAGAUGACCACACUGCUAAUCCCACCCAUGACGCAAACUAACUGGGGACCACUCCCUGGGGAAAUUCAGAUGCAUAUAUUUUCAGCUGUCAAAGGGCAAGAUUACUCCAGUUUGUAUGAACACAGACUAAUUUAGCAAGCUGCAUUCUACAAGCCAUUUGGUUUUAUAACUCACGAUUCUUGAUUCCAAAUAAAGAUGCCUCCAGAAGAAGCAUUUGGAUAGAAUCUUGGAGCAUAUUAUUAAGUUUGUGAGUUUUGUAACU